AUGAAGACGUUAUUACAUUUAUGUUUAGUAGUAUGCAUUUGUUUGACAUACACUUGGGCUAUGCCGGCACCGGAAGGUAAAGAAGAAGGGAAGUCAAUCAUUGUCACAGAAGAUCUAGAACCACAAGAGAACAGAUGGGGUGGCAGAAGUUGGGGUAGCCAUGGUUGGGGUGGACGGGGCUAUGGCCGUGGACACGGCCUCGGAUACGGCGGCGGAAACGGUGGCGGAUAUGGCGGUGGAUUCGGCGGCGGAUACGGCGGCGGCUACGGCGGCGGAUACGGCGGCGGCUACGGCGGCGGAUACGGCGGCGGAUACGGCGGCGGAUACGGUGGCGGUUACGGUGGCGGAUACGGUGGUGGACAAGGCUAUGGCUAUGGUAGAUAG